AUGUGGCGUCGAGCUCUCGUCCGAUGCGCGCCUGCUGUAUCCUCGUCUCAGGCACUGCGCCGAAUAUGCGUCGACAGCUCCUCGGCGUCGCCUCCUCUACUCAUUUCCAGCGCCUCGUUCCAGCACUUGCACCGUCACGACCGCUGCUUUGUCACUGAAAGCGGCAAUGAUGACAGUGCGCCAGUCUCACCAGCUAUCUCCAGCGAGUCCACAGCCUCCGCCACCGAGUGCUCAAGUGCACCAGGUGUAGAGAGCCCCGGUGAGAAAUUUGUGAUGAUUUACACGUGCAGCGUGUGCGAGACGCGCUCAGCCAAGACCAUCAGCAAGCACGCCUACUACAAUGGCGUGGUGCUGGUGCGCUGCCCCGGCUGCGAGAACCAGCACCUUGUCGCUGACCGGCUGGGAUGGUUUGAGGACGACUCGGUGGACGUGGAGAGCCUGUUGAAGCACAAGGGCGAGAGCGUCCGCUUCGUCACAGCUGAGAAUGUCCUUGAGCUCACAGAGAAUGACAUCCUCGGCGGCAAGAACGAGAAAUAG